UUCUUCGGUGAGUCCUAAUGUCUUUGAGCAUUGUAAAUCUGCACACCUGAGUGCAAAAAUCUGCGGAUCACUUUGGGAGGAAGGUCCUACAGAAACGGGGCGAGGAAAGUUCUGACGGAACAAAGUAACUGGUGAAUCCUGUUUGCGUUCAGAGCACACCAUGGCGGAGAUGCUCAGCGUGGCCACGCGGGUGGCGCAGGAGGCCAUAGAGGAAGCCAUCUCCAAGGCUGAAGCUGACACCUCCACCCAGGAGAAGCAGAAGGAGAUUCUGUAUCUGCAUGAACACAGAGCAGAGCUCGUCCAGGAGCUGGCCAAGACUAUCGUUGAAAAGAUUAUUAGCAGAAGGAAAACGUUGGCAGAGAUGAAGGCUCAGUUCGACCAGGACUGGUCCUUCAACCCUAACAUGGACCUCCACCAUCCACCGUCUGAUCAGGACUCCAGCUCUCUGAGGCAGCAACCAAACCUCUGGAGAUCACACUCGGCUUUCUCCCUGUUGGACGAGGACCAAGCCGCCCUGAUCCAGGAGUCUUCCCCCGCCCUGCAGAAGGAGGGCGCCGGGUCUCCCUUGACUGGAUGGAAGAGCGUCGACCGACUCGACAACGCAGGUGAGAUCCUAAAUGACCGGGACAAAAACAAGGAAGAAUCUGCCAG